AUGACAACACUACACUCUGUGCCUGAGCAUGCCUCUAAAACACCACUACACUCGGUGCCUGAGCCUACCUCCAUAACACCACUACACUCAGUGCCUCAGACUGUCUCCACAACACCACUACACUCAUUGCCUGAGCCUGUCUUCACAACACCACUGCACUCAGUGCCUGAGCAUGCCUCUAAAACACCACUACACUCGGUGCCUGAGCCUACCUCCAUAACACCACUACACUCAGUGCCUCAGACUGUCUCCACAACACCACUACACUCAUUGCCUGAGCCUGUCUUCACAACACCACUGCACUCAGUGCCUGAGCAUGCCUCUAAAACACCACUACACUCGGUGCCUGAGCCUACCUCCAUAACACCACUACACUCAGUGCCUCAGACUGUCUCCACAACACCACUACACUCAUUGUCUGAGCCUGUCUUCACAACACCACUGCACUCAGUGCCUGAGCUUGUCUCCAUAACACCACUACACUCUUAA